AUGUUGGAACCUGCGAAUACAGGAACUUCAGAAAAUGCGCCAGUUGCAGGGCCCACGACCAUGCCCGUACGUCCACCAGGCUCAUGGUCAUCGACUCUAAGACUACCCAAAUCUGCAUUUCCUCCUCGACCUCUGCCCGCAAACAGAGACAGAUACCUAAAAGCAUGCACCGAUGACCUCUACACCUGGCAGCGUCGUGAGCGCGCGGCUCAAACCCCCUUCGUCCUCCACGAUGGGCCCCCCUACGCAAACGGCAGUCUACACAUCGGGCACGCCCUCAAUAAAAUCCUCAAGGACCUAAUCCUGCGCACCAAGAUCCAAGGCGGGUCGCGCGUUACGUACGUUCCGGGCUGGGACUGCCACGGGCUGCCCAUUGAGAUCAAAGCUCUCGAGAAACAGCGCGAGCAUGGCGAACACACCAUGGACGCAGUAGCCGUACGGAGAUUUGCGAGGGACUUGGCUGAGACCACAGUGGAUGAGCAGAAGAAGGGGUUUAAGGAGUGGGCGAUAAUGGGAGAUUGGGAUAAGGCGUGGAGGACUAUGGAUAAGGGGUUUGAAAUCCAGCAGCUGAACGUUUUUAGAGCGAUGGCAAAGAAGGGACUCAUUUUCAGGAGAUAUAAGCCCGUAUACUGGUCUCCGUCCUCGAGAACAGCAUUGGCAGAGGCGGAGCUCGAGUACAAGGUUGAUCAUGUUUCUACUGCUGCUUUUGUGCAGUUCAAGGUUACGAGUGUUCCGGCGGGAUUGAGGGAGAAGAUGGGGGAGAUGCAGAUGAAUAAUCUUUAUGCUGUUAUUUGGACGACUACGCCGUGGACACUACCCGCGAAUAGAGCUAUUGCUGUGCAUUCAGACCUGGAAUAUGUGGUUGUGAAGAGUGGCGGGAAGGGUUUGAUUGUAGCUCACUCAAGAGUGCCUGAGCUCAUGAAGAUUCUGGACAAGGAGCUGCCAUUGGCUGUUUGGCCCUUUCUCGGCAAGGAGCUCGAAGGAGCCACAUAUGUUAACAGUCUCCGAGGCAAGGAAGCAGUGGAACAGCCUGUGAUUCACGCAGACUUCGUCUCUGCCGACUCUGGUACUGGUGUGGUCCAUCUCGCUCCUGGCCACGGUAUGGAUGACUAUGAAGUUUGUAUGCGAUUGGGAAUUGAAGCUGCGGCCCCUGUGAAUGACGUGGGGCACUUCACUUCAGCCGCGCUCCCUGAUGAUCCUCAGGCCUUGGAGGGAAAACCAGUGUUAGGGGCUGGCGGCAAGGCGGUUUUAGAGCUCCUGGGGAAUAAUGUCCUUGCUACACAUAAAUACAAGCAUAAGUAUCCCUAUGAUUGGCGGACGAAACUUCCGGUCAUCACCAGAGCUACAGAACAGUGGUUUUCGGAUGUUGGUAGCGUCAAAAAUCAAGCUCUGGAAGCUUUGCAGGAUGUCAACUUUUUACCGGAGAAGGGAAGGGCAAGGCUAGAAAGCUUUGUGAAGGGAAGAAGUGAAUGGUGUAUCUCGAGACAGCGUGCUUGGGGCGUUCCGAUUCCUGCCCUGUAUGAUGAAGAUGGAGUCGCUGUCCUCACCGACGAAAGCGUGGCUCACAUCAUCGCUGUGAUCGAUAAGAAGGGAGUUGACGCAUGGUGGACUGAUGCUGCGGACGAUCCUGCUUGGGUCGUUCCCGGAUUGAAUGGCACCUACAGAAGAGGAAAGGACACAAUGGAUGUAUGGUUUGACAGCGGGACGAGUUGGACCCAAACUGAGGAGCAAGCAGACGUCUAUCUUGAAGGUUCGGACCAGCAUAGAGGCUGGUUUCAAUCGAGUCUGUUGACACAUACCAGUGCUUCUGGUCGAGCUGGUGCUCCCUUCAAGACGCUGAUUACACAUGGGUUUACACUCGAUAAAAAGGGCAAGAAAAUGUCCAAGUCUAUUGGCAACACCAUCGCGCCUAGCCAGAUCAUGGAUGGGACAUUACUUCCUCCAUACAAAGCACGCAACUCCAAAAUUGCAGUUCACCAAGCGAUGGGAGCCGACGCCCUCCGCCUCUGGGUAGCCAGUAGCGACUACACGCGCGACGUAGUAAUUGGCACGCCCGUCCUUAAAUUCAACCAAUCUGCCCUCCUCAAAUACCGCAUGAUCAUCAAAAUGCUCCUCGGCUCCAUGCAAACACCCCUCAUCCGCGACUCCCCAGUCACCAAACUCGACCAAAUUGCCCUCGUCCAACUGCAAGCCGUAAUGCACGAAGUGCAAACCGCGUAUCUAAACUACGAGUUCUAUAAAGCGGUUAAUGCGAUUAAUAGGUGGAUCAAUACCGAUUUGUCGGCGUUUUAUCUAGAAGCUAUGAAAGAUAGACUGUAUUGUGGUGACGGCGGGGGUGUUUUGGAGGAGAUCUUCCACGGCCUUCUGAAAAUGCUGGCCCCUAUUACGCCGAAUCUCGUUGAAGAAGCGUGGGAUUAUAGACCGCAGUGGAUGAAAGCCAGCUCACAAACCCAUCCCUCUCUUCGACCGCUCACGGAACCGGUCUUUGAUGCAGAACGCUGUGAUGUGGCAGAGCUGGAGAUUAGAGAUGAAGUUCCGAUUUUAUUAGCGGCAAAUACGGCGAUCAAGACAGCGCAGGAGGAGGCGAGAGGGAGGAAGUUGAUUGGCUCGAGUCUGGAAUCGAGUGUUGUGCUUACUUUGCCACCGAAAUUACUGGAGGUUUUUGAGAGAUAUACGGAGGAGCUGGCUAGUAUUUUUGUAGUGUCGUCUGUUCAGCUAGUUCAAGAAAAAGCUACAGAUGAGGCAACAGUGGAACAAGCUCGAGAAAACAAGGCAGAAGGGCUGUCCGCGGAAACAGCGCACGAAGCGUUCUCAAAUCAAGCAGAACUCGUCCUACCAGCAGCAAAUCCCUCGAGUUCCGAACAACCACAACAAGAAACCUCAACAUCGUUACGAACCCAAUCCGCCUGGACGUUCUCCUCCACCUUCUCUAUCCUUGGCGAAAAAGCCAGCGUUACGAUCUUCCCGCCCAAAGCGGAGAAAUGCCCUCGGUGUUGGCAAUUCGUGGCGGAGGAAGAUAAUUUGUGUGGCAGGUGCAAGGAGGUGGUGAAAGAUGUGAAGGAUGAUGAGUUGGUGGGGCUUGUGGUGUAG